UGGCUUAUUACGUAAAAAUUUCCAACUCUGAUCGGUGAGCAACCGACCACCAACCGACUUGCGACCGAUUGUCGACCGACCGAAAAAUUCGUAUUCGCUAACGCAGUUGGCAACCGGUUGCCCAACUGUCAUUGAAUGCAGUUUUUGCCACCGAAACACUGCCACUAGCAAUCGAGUAGCAACCGGCCAACCGGUGGAACUAAAGUGACAUACAUAUGAUGAUAAACAAUCGUCGUGUUUAUAAAUCGAAAAAUAAUAAUUAAAUACAUUGUGGAUCGUGAUUGUGAAUUUAAAAUUAACUAUGGGACCUAGUUUUGUUGAAAAUUGAACACGUAAGUAUAUAAUACGAUGGUCUGUUCUUAAAAAUGAAUGUCUGUGUGAGCCGCAGAUGUAUGGAUGUUUACAUAAGUCAAGAGUGGACUAUUGAUACACACAGUUUCACAUAGAUUAGCCUUGAAGUUCUUAUCUCAAGACAUAAAGAGCGAUGCAAAAUAACGCGAGGGUGAAAACAGCUUAUUGACAAGUGCCAGAUGUUUCUCUAAAUCAAUCAGCACUUGCUGGCACUUACCUAUAUAGUUCUAGAUGACUGCUUGUUCAUUAAAGGCUGCAAAUGCAUCAGAAAACGUGAACAUAGUGUUUAUUUGUGUUUGAGAUUUUGUCUGACUAGGAGGUGUUUGUGUAACUUUUCAAAAUGAAAUAUAAUCUCAACAUUGCAAAUCGAUGAGGUACUUGUCUUUGCAGAAAUUCAUCCUAAUUUAGCUGAGGACAGUGUUGGGCUUGGAGGGAGAUCAAAGAAGACAAUUAAUAGAAAGUGGGACGAAUUAGCGAUAUGUCUGAAUACUCAUGGAUCUGGAGCUACAAAAAAUGGACAAUGCUGGAGAAGGGCACCUAAUAUCUAAUGAUUUGGCAGUUAGCUACAGGUAUUUGGGAACUAGACAAGAUAAGAAGGCAUUCAAAGCUUCAGUUUUCAUCAAGGUUGUACUCGUAAUAAAGCUGUCGUCUCUUGUGGCGGCCAUGGAAGUCGAUCGAAUCAAUCUUCGGCUUCUUCUUCGUCCCCAUCCGCACGAUGUGUGCUAG